AUGACUUCCGAAGAAAAUAUAAAUUACCACUACAACCGAACGAACUCGAAUUCCUCGCAGGACAAAAAAAGUAUUGAUGAGGAGAUUAGUGCAAAUGAGAAGGCGAUAAAGGACGAGGAAUCUGAAGUCGAAAGCCUCAGAAGAUUAAUCGCACCGCUAUCGAAAGAACAGCUAAUAGACAUCCUGGCAACAUCCGCCUUGAUCCAUCAAGACAUACGUGACAAGUGCAACGAAGCGGUUGCUUCCUCCCCAUCUACGAGAAGGCUAAUGGUUCGUAACAUCCCAUUCAGCACUCGUGAUGAACAAUUUUUAAAAUACUUCGAGACUUUCGGAGAAAUCGAAGAUGGAAUUAUAGUACGAGAAAAGGAAGGCAGAUCAAAAGGGUAUGGUUUUGUCACUUUUAAAUAUGUCGAGUCCGUGCAGAAAUGCUUAAAAAGUAGUCAUACCUUAGACAAUAAAGAGUUGCAAGUACCUAAUACUUUUAACUACCCAAUCUCGUUUGUUCCAAAUAUAUACACGAAUGUCCCCCAUGGCUAUCAGUUGAAUUAUCCCGCAAAUUUGGAUUCUUUUAAUGCCUUCUACAGCAAUACAAGGUAUUAA